CCAAACAAAUCCUUUACUACGUGAUGUACUGUGAAACUUUUCUAUUUUGCUCUAUUCUCAAUUUUAGGGUGAUGAUCCCGAUCUACCAAACCGAUUUCACAAUGCGCUAGAGAUUAUAACCUGCGGUUUGGAAAAUACUGGCUUGGAAAAAGCUCUUUGAUCUGUUUCAUUCUCCUCACAUCUCCCUACACUGCGGAGUUCCGAUUGUUUGGCUUCGUCCUAAAAAUCGCUGUGCUGUGUUUUCCCUACACACUGUGUGACGGGGCCGCCCGCCUCCUUCCUGGGCUCCUUUAAGAGGGUGGUAACGGUCCAUCACCGCGGGAGUGGAGAGGCAGGGCCCACUAGGUCCUCGGUGCAGGCCGGGCCCGCUCAUCCAGUUCUUGUGAAAGCCGGGGUGUGCGCGCGAAGGGUGGGAGAGUAGGGGUGAAGGAGGGGCAGCACUGACGCCUCGCAGGGCUGAGUAGCAACAGCGCCUACGCGCCGCGUUUCCGGGGACCCUGAGGGGGUCCGCGCGUGCGCAGAGCGCGUCCCGGGAAUUGUUCCGCCCUCGGAGCCUGCCAGGCGCGCUCCCGCCGAGCCAAAGUACAAAGUGGGCUCCAGAGCGCGGGCGGCGCGGCGGCGCGCGCCAGGGGGCGGUCCUGCGCGGCCGGCCCCGCCCUCUGCUCUCCUCCCAGUCUCCCCCGCGCUUCCUGCGCUAAGGUAUCCGCCGCCGGGUCCCCUCCGCCGGCUGUCUCGUACCGGCAGUGCCAUGGCGGCCUUCAGCAAGUACUUGACGGCGCGAAACUCCUCGCUAGCUGGUGCCGCGUUCCUGCUGCUCUGCCUGCUCCACAAGCGGCGCCGCGCCCUCGGCCUGCACGGUAAGAAAAGUGGAAAACCACCAUUACAGAACAAUGAGAAAGAGGGGAAAAAGGAGCGAGCUGUGGUGGACAAGGUGUUUUUCUCAAGGCUCGCACAGAUUCUGAAAAUCAUGGUCCCUAGAACAUUUUGUAAAGAGACAGGUUACUUGGUACUUAUUGCUGUUAUGCUGGUGUCUCGAACGUAUUGCGAUGUUUGGAUGAUUCAAAAUGGAACACUAAUUGAAAGUGGUAUCAUUGGUCGUAGCAGGAAAGAUUUCAAGAGAUACUUAUUGAACUUCAUCGCUGCCAUGCCUCUUAUCUCUCUGGUUAAUAACUUCUUGAAGUACGGGUUAAAUGAGCUUAAACUGUGCUUCCGAGUAAGGCUCACUAAAUACCUCUAUGAGGAGUAUCUUCAAUCUUUCACAUAUUAUAAAAUGGGAAAUCUGGACAACAGAAUAGCUAAUCCAGACCAGCUGCUUACACAAGAUGUAGAAAAAUUUUGUAACAGUGUAGUCGAUCUGUAUUCAAAUCUUAGUAAGCCAUUUUUAGACAUAGUUUUGUAUAUCUUUAAGUUAACGAGUGCAAUUGGAGCUCAGGGCCCAGCAAGCAUGAUGGCCUACUUGGUUGUUUCUGGGCUAUUCCUAACUCGACUUAGAAGACCCAUUGGUAGGAUGACAAUAACUGAGCAAAAGUAUGAAGGAGAAUAUAGAUAUGUUAAUUCUCGGCUCAUCACAAACAGUGAAGAAAUUGCCUUUUACAAUGGGAAUAAAAGAGAAAAACAGACAGUCCACUCAGUCUUCCGAAAACUGGUGGAGCACCUACAUAAUUUCAUUUUGUUUCGUUUUUCAAUGGGCUUCAUUGAUAACAUUAUUGCCAAAUACCUUGCCACUGUGGUUGGUUACUUAGUUGUCAGUCGCCCUUUCUUAGAUUUGUCUCAUCCUCGACAUCUCAAGAGUACACAUUCGGAACUUCUAGAGGAUUACUACCAAAGUGGAAGAAUGCUUUUGCGAAUGUCUCAAGCUCUGGGUCGAAUUGUUUUGGCUGGGCGUGAAAUGACUAGAUUGGCUGGUUUUACUGCUCGGAUUACAGAAUUAAUGCAAGUACUGAAGGAUUUAAAUCAUGGCAAAUAUGAGCGCACAAUGGUCUCACAACAGGAAAAGGGUAUUGAAGGAGUACAAGUCAUUCCCUUGAUACCUGGUGCUGGAGAAAUCAUUAUUGCAGAUAACAUUAUAAAGUUUGAUCAUGUUCCUUUAGCAACGCCAAAUGGAGAUGUUUUGAUCCGUGACCUUAAUUUUGAAGUUCAAUCUGGGGCUAAUGUUCUAAUUUGUGGUCCUAAUGGCUGCGGAAAGAGUUCUCUUUUCCGUGUUCUUGGUGAAUUAUGGCCUCUUUUUGGAGGACGUCUAACUAAACCCGAGAGAGGAAAGUUAUUUUAUGUUCCUCAAAGACCUUACAUGACCCUUGGAACACUUCGAGACCAAGUGAUAUAUCCAGAUGGACGAGAAGAUCAGAAAAGGAAGGGAAUAUCUGACUUAGUACUGAAGGAAUACUUAGACAACGUCCAGUUGGGUCAUAUCCUUGAACGUGAAGGAGGCUGGGACAGCGUUCAGGAUUGGAUGGAUGUACUCAGUGGUGGAGAAAAGCAAAGAAUGGCAGUCUCUGCCUGUGUUUUACACAAAAAAAUUUUUUUUAUGCUUCAGAUGGCAAGAUUAUUUUAUCAUAAACCCCAGUUUGCCAUUUUGGACGAAUGCACAAGUGCAGUUAGUGUCGACGUGGAAGGCUACAUUUACAGUCAUUGUCGAAAGGUCGGCAUCACUCUCUUCACUGUGUCUCAUAGGAAAUCUCUUUGGAAACAUCAUGAGUACUACCUGCAUAUGGAUGGCAGAGGCAACUAUGAAUUCAAACAGAUAACAGAAGAUACAGUUGAGUUUGGCUCUUAGAGAAAUCUGGAGAACUAUACCUGCUUCAAUGAAAUAAUUACAGAAUACACUUAGAAAUGCAAAGUACAUUGUAAAAUAAAGUUGAGCUUGGUUUUUUUUUAAAGAAAAAAAACAAAGCAACAAAUUAACUAGAUAUAGAAUAAUGGAGAACAGGUUGUUAAAACAUUGAAUAUUAUAUAGGAUAUUGCUAAUUGUGUAUAUGUUGGUUUAAUUAUUAAUAUGUACUAAGAAUGUCCUUAUUCUUGUGGUUAAAAACCUGCCUAAAUUAAAUUGGGCUUCAAUCACUGUAACCUGAUUCAUCCUGGGAUGUAAACCAUUUGAAGUCAGCUAAUUGGACUUUUAUGGCUCUAUCUUUUCCUUCAAUGAAGAACCCUAUUUAAAACCAGGUUAUCAUUUGUCCUGUUCUAGCCAGGUAGUCUUCAGUUUCAUUUUCCUGUGCCCCAUGGUAGUUGGAAACAAAUCAUAAUGUAUUAUUUAAAUGUAUAACAUCAUUGCAUAACAGCAUUUAUUACACAGUGGCAGAUUUCUUUAGCUGCCACAGUAAUACUCAUUCCUUGUGUGUGUCUUGGAGUACGUUUAACUCCAGGAAAGCCAUUUUGAUUUUCCUUAACUAAAUGAUAAAUGUACCCCUCUCAGUCUGCAGUAUUGAGUUGUUUAAAGUAUAUGUGCAGUCUUGCUUACAAGGAGGGGUUACCAUGUAUCACACUAAUUUCCCAAUGUUUGGGAUAUUAAAACACAAAGUCCUUAACAUGCCAGGCUCAAGGUCUUAUGGGAGUUUUAGAUUUUUUAAAGAAUUAGACAAAUUUGUGUGUGUUAGAAGCCCAUUUAUUAGAAGUGUGGUGGUUAUUUGAUAUUAAACUCCAGAUGAGCCAUAGGAAGGCACUAUAUGAAGUAAUGCACUGAGUGUGCAAUGCUAUCACUGUCUUUCACUAUGAUUUUAUGUUUAAAAAGUAUGUUCUAAAAUUAUUAUAUAUACAUGGAUGAAUUAUGUUUCCAAGGCACUGUUUUAUCUCUGUGAAUCUUGAAUAACUUUUUAAUAUUUGGGUUAUUAUGUUGAACGAUCCUAAGAGAAGAAGAUUUCAGUUCAUCAAACCAUCAUUAAUGACUUUAUGUAUUAUUUACCCAGGGAGAACUGAAACUGAGCAUAAUCAAUAAGCUAGAUAUGAAAUCAGUUUCUCAAACUGAGCUUCUGAAAGGGGCAUUUUAUACUCUUGUUUCUGCAUAACUGGUUUUGUUUUUUUGCAGAAUUAACUAUAACAAUCACUGGCUACCGAAGUAAACUGAUGUACUGAAUUCCAUAAUACAUAACAUUCAGUUUUUACCACUUCUGUUUAGCAAACUUGUAUACUUAUUUUCUGUACAGAUUAAAAAAAAAAAAGAAAACAAAACUCAGAUAUCCUAUACAACCUUUGCUUGUUCUUUUUAUUCUGGUAUCUAAAUACUGAGAAGUUCAUUUAUAAUUCAGCCUUGACUUGAAAACAUACAUAGUUUAGUCUUGACUUGAAAAACACAAAAAUAAAUUCAGAAAAUGCUUUUAGCACAGUGUCUCUUUUUUAAAGUUUUGUCAAGUGUGGUUUUUAAUUGAAUGAAUUUCUCUGUUAGAAAAGUUCCGUAAAAUCUGUGUACCUGACAAAUGCUGCCAAACAUCCAGGAGACUUUAGAAGAUCCUGUUCCUCUUGGAAAAUAUUUUAAGGCAUGGGGAAGUUUCAGAUUUUCAGAUUUCUGGAUUACCUCAAACCUACUUGUAGAAGUAUUCUCCUAGCUGCCUUAUAAUUGCUUUUGUUACGAUUCUUGCCAUCAAAACAACAAUUUGGGCUUUUUUCUUAAUUCUUUUCUUUUUUACGUAACAAGUAUUAUAGUGCCUCAGCAUUUGAGGCAUAAAGGAAGAUCCUUCUGGAGAAUCACAUUACGUAAUGGUGGUUCUUAGAAGACCCACAAUAAAGAAAUCCAUUGGUUCCAAAAUGUGAUUGACCACGGAACAUCUUUUUCUACGUAAUUCCUAUGAACACCUUCCAGAAACCACACUGGGAAAUGGUAGUUUAAUCCGAAGAAUAAAGCAAAGAAUAAGAACUUUCAUCCAUGAGCACCACGCUGCAUACCAAGACAUAUCACUGUGUUCUCAUAACAAGUUUUUAUGUAAUGAGAAAGUGUGAAACAGCGAUGGUAGUUUGUUUUGCAUUAAUAGAAUAAAAUGUAUCUAGCA